AUGGAUCUCACUACCGAAAACUUUGAUUCCCAAGUCGGUGGCGGAAAAGGCGCUUUCAUCAAGUUCUACGCUCCCUGGUGUGGUCACUGCAAGGCGCUUGCGCCGGCGUGGAAGCAACUUGGUGAGGCUUUCGCCGAUAACGAAGGCGUCGUCAUCGGCGACGUCGACUGCACCAAGCAGGAAUCCCUCUGCCAAAAGUACGGCGUGCAAGGUUACCCGACGCUCAAGUACUUCACCGGUGCCACGUCGGCGACUGGUGACGCGUACCAAGGCGGCCGCGACUUUGAGGCGCUCCAAACGUGGGCGAGCGAGAACCUC